UUGACCCGGCGGGAUCACGCCGCGCAGGACGAUGGUCCAUUAUCUACCAUGGAGGCGAUAUUUCAUGAGAAACAAGAAGGGUCCCUCUGUGCUCAGCAUUGCCUCAACAAUUUGCUUCAGGGCGAGUACUUCAGCCCUAUAGACCUGUCUACAAUUGCACAGCAAUUGGAUGAAGAAGAGCGAGUAAGAAUGGCAGAAGGAGGAACUACCACAGAGGAAUACAGAAUAUUUUUACAGCAACCAUCAGGGAAUAUGGAUGAUAGUGGAUUCUUUUCAAUUCAAGUGAUUAGUAGUGCCUUGAGAGUCUGGGGUUUAGAGAUUACCCUCUUCAACAGCCCAGAAUAUCAGCGAUUAAGGAUUGAUCCAGUAAUUGAAAGGGCAUUUAUAUGCAACUACAAAGAACAUUGGUUUACAGUACGAAAAUUAGGAAAUCAGUGGUUUAACCUGAAUUCUUUAUUGACGGGUCCAGAGUUGAUCUCAGACACUUACCUCGCCCUAUUUUUGGCUCAGUUGCAGCAAGAAGGUUAUUCAAUAUUUGUAGUAAGAGGAGACCUACCAGAAUGUGAAGCUGAUGAAUUACUGAAAAAGAUGACAGUUGUGCAGCUAGAGAGACCAAAAUUAAUUGGAGAAGAGGCAAACCAACGAACAGAAAUUGGGCACAGGUUACAGAGCAAUGACUGGGAACAAGUGAUUGAUGUAAACAAGUCAAUUACAAAUGUUUUGGAUGAUGAAGAUGAUGAGAGUCUGCAGCGGGCGUUAUCACUAAGCCGACAGCACAUGGAGACGGAAGAUGAAGAAGCGGAUCUACGAAGAGCCAUUCACCUCAGCAUGCAAGGAUUUGUACAAGGAGCAGAAAAUUCAGAAGUGGCCACAUCCCAAAAGGAAACUACAGAUACUUCAAGAACCAUUGUAGCUGAAACUCCCACAGUGGAGGAACUCCGAAGACGGAGACAAGUAUACUUUGAAAGGAAAGAAUUACAGCUGGAAAAUUCAGAUCAUCCAGCAAAACAGAGUUGUGGUGCACGAGAAGCCAAUUCAGCUAACGUGACUGGAGGAGAAUUGCCUCAAGCAAAUGUGUUGAAACCUCUGGAAACUGCUGCCAAUAAUAAUUCAAAAGGGGAAGGAAGUUAAUUUGAGAACAAACACAUUAGCAACAACUGUCUGAUCUGCGUGAAUUGUACUCUUCUUGUACAUCAGCCACAUAGAAAAAUAUGCAGAUAUUUUCGGAGACAACAAAGAUAAUGUUCACUUGAUGCUAAUGCAUUUUUUGUGGUUGUUGAAUGGGAUCAUUUGCUGUACAGAACUACAAGUUUUUGGUCUUCAAUUGUAGCACCUUAUCUGCUGAAAAACCUUCUUUAUGCACAUCCUAGUUACGUAAAUUGCAGGGGAAGCGUGAAAAUAUUUUGCACCCAUUGAUAAACAUUUGUCUUUUGGAGAAAAAGGUAACUGGUCAACCAGUUCAUGGUUCAAUUGUGCAACUGGAUCUUGGAAGACAAAAAUUGAAAAUGUUAAGUUCUUUGCUUUUUAAAAUUAUUAUACAUGUUUUAUACCUUUUGCCUGGUACAUUUCUAAAAAUCAAGAUCAUAUAAUUUUGGAGGUGUCAAGAAAUAUAUGCAGAAAAUGCUGGUGGUUUGAGGUUUUAUCAAUAUUGAAAGCUUUUUGGAUUGUUUAUAUUUGGGUAUUGAUCUUGUGCUGGCUUUUAAUUGCCUUUUAGUUGCUCUAAAACAAAUCACCUUUAUGUUUACUGUGUUGUACUGAAUUAUGCAGUUUCUAUUUAUAUGCUUGAAUGUGUUUUGUCCUUUUAACUUUAACGGACAAGUCUGGGAACAUAGGAGAAUGUGGAAUUACAGCAAGUAAGACAAACUGUAGUGGAAUAAUUUAAUCUGAUGCCCAUUUGGACUUCUGUUUAAAUAGUGCAGCUUCCUAUCAGGUUUUAGACAUCUGAAUAGAUGUGCCACUGCUUAUUUCUGGCAUUGCUCUGUUUUCCUAUGAUUGGAAAAAUAUGAACUCAGAUUUGUUAUCCAUUGAAAUGUCAUGGUACUUAUAUCACAAUAUUACAUACAAGGAUCAUGUGUUUGUCAAUGUGGACCAAUAUAACAUAUUAUAACUAGUUGCAAAUUGAUCUUUGCAAAUGAAAGUGGUUAUUUUCUCCAUAGUCUGCAAAAUGCUGUAGCUUAGUAGUUGACUACUAGGUCCAAAGAUAAGAGAAUAAACAUUGCUCAAGGAGGUUUUUAAAUUAUGUUCAAUAAAACAGCUAACCAGGAAUACUUGAUCAUGUAAAUUCCUGGAUUAGCAUAAAUUAAUUCAUUUAUUAAUCAUAGGUUGUACCUUCAGCCUGAUGUACACUUGACUACAAACUAAACUACUCUUAAAGCUUGUGUGGCAGCUAAAAUGAGCAAUGAAUAUUGCUUAGUUUUGAUGCCUAUGUUCUAGGAAUAAUUCUGGUUAACUUAUAAAAUAACUUUUGUUGAAACUAACAACAUCACUUUAAAAAGUGCAAAGUAUUUGUUACUUGCCCUCAUUGCUCUAUCUUAGUCCAAAAAUUUGAACUUGAUAGAGUAAGGUUUAUUAGGCACUGUCAGUCACUUGUCACCAUUGUGUCAGUAACAUUCCUCUCUGUUCCUGGACUAAAAAGUAUUGUAAAGUGGUUAUUGUGACAUAGCAGUGGUUGGCAUCUGGAUGACAGUAUGAAAGAGUGGAAUUAUGAAAUAGUAACUGACUCCUAUUAUUUAAAUAGAAAGCAAGAGCAUUUGGUAAUGGAUAGAAAAAGUGAUUUUGUUUUCCUGUCAUCCCAUUGCCACCGUUCAUCAUGCAUCAGGAGGAUUUGUUUGUAUGAAUCCCAUCCUCGCCUUAAAUAAGAUCAAUUUACUCCUUGACGUCCAGGAAUACAGCAAGAAUAUUUAAUGCCUUUCAGCAUAUCAAGCCUUGUGUUAAAACAUUGAUUUCUAAAAUGAAAAAAGAAUGCCACGGAUCUUAUUUUAAAAUCCAGCCACUGCUCAAUAGCUUAUUCGAAGAGACUUCCACAGCUCCACCUCAAAUUUUAAGAAGGUUCUCUCUCAACUAACUUAUAACGUCUGCUUAUAAUCUAUUAAAUCUUA